GGACUCCCAGUCCCAGGGACCCCCAACGGGCGGCACACCCUUCUCCGCAUCCACAAGUCUCUCGCCGGCGGCCGCAGCCAGGGCAAGACGCCUCCUCCCCACAGCAGAUCUCCCCCCUUGCUUCCUCGCUUCGCUUGCCGCCCAAACCCGCUCCAUUCAAAACCCACCCCCAAACCCUAGCCCCAAACCCUCCCCCUAGCAGCAUGGCCGGCGCGGCGCCACCGUCGGGGCCCCCCGAUCCGCCCCCGCUGGAGCCGGAGGAGCCCCUCUCCCGGGAAUACCUCUCGCUCCGACAGGCUGGCGAAGCAAGCGAGGAGGAGGAGGAAGCUUCGCGGUCGCCGCCGCCCCCCGCGGGGGCGCCCGGCGGCGAGAGGUGCAGGGCGAUGAUGGAGGUAGUGAAGAAGGACGCGGUCGGGGUGGGGGGCAAGUGGAAGGUGUCCAAGCUGGUGGUGGACCACAACCACGAGCUGGAGGUGGCGCCGGUGGAGGGAGGGGGAGCUGGUGUGCCGGUGCUCGGGAUGGAGUUCGACUCGGCCGACGACGCCAAGGGGUUCUACCAGGGGUACGGCGAGAAGGCAGGGUUCAAGGCGCGCACGGGUUCCAACCGCCGCUCGGUUGGCACGGGCGCGAUGAUCAUGCAGCGGUUCCUCUGCUGUAGAGGGAAUUAUGUGAAUAGGAAGAGUAAAGCCGCCAAGGGUUUGGAGGAGGUGGAGGAGGGUGCCGCGGAAAAGGGAAAGGGAGAGGUUGGCCCCUGUAAGAAGAGGGGCCGCAAGCCUGGGAAGAAAAAUGCACAGGCGCCGGAGGUGGAGAUGGGCGGUGGAAUAGCGUGCACAGAGAUUGUGCAAGCCGUGCCUAGUAGGAGGAGUUCAAGGAGAGGUAGGGAUGAAAAUGAUGUUGUCAGGAUGGCUGUCGAGAAUGUCAUCGAACCUGAAGAACGAAAUGAUGAGGCGGUGGAUGGUGCACGGAAUGGUUCUGCCGGCGCCAAUGAUGAGGAGGAGGAGGAUGAAAUGGAAGAGGAAGUGGGAACAAAGGAAAAGAGAGGGAGGGGAAGGCCAAGAAAGGCUGUUACAGAGGGCAAUGCCCUGCAGGCAUGUGACCUUGGUGCCAGUGCAUCACAGUGCAACAACGAUGACAGGAAGAAGAUACUUGAUAAAUAUCUCUCGAAGCGACAAACCAGACCUGUCUCCGGCAGGCCUGCUAAGAUUGUCUCGCGCCAAGCUUUGGCGGAAAGACGUAAGCGUGGUGUUGGCGGUAGAUUUCUUGCAAGCGAAGGACUACCGCCUUCACGGCAACUUUCAGAAAGGCGUUCAAAACGUCUUGAGAAGCAAAAUCUUAAAGAAGAAGAGAAGCCUGAGAGCAAAAAAGAUGAAAUAACUGAAGCAGAAGCAGAUCCAGAAACUGAAGUAGUUGCUGGGCCUGGAGGAGAGCCAAAAAUUGGAAUGGUUUUUGUGAAUGAAGACAAGGCCUAUGAAUUUUAUGUUAGCUAUGCUGGAUCUGCAGGGUUCAAUGUCCGAAAAGGAUGCUCUGACAAAACUGCGAAUAAUGUUAUGAGAUCUCGGGCAUAUGUAUGUUCUAAAGAAGGAUUCCGCCUUAAAAGUGUUACUGCCGAACAAAAGAAGCCUCGACCAGAUGCAAGAACUGGCUGCCAAGCACACAUGACUAUUAAAAUCACUACCAGCGGCAAAUAUGUAGUGACUGAGUAUGUGGCCGAUCAUAAUCAUGAUCUCGAAACUCCCUUGGUGGACAUUCAGAUUCUGAGAUCACAGAAGUUAUUAGCAAAGUUACAGCAGCCUCUGGAUCUGCCGAAAGUUGUUUUGAUACCUAAUGAUUAUAAAAAUUACAUAAGGACAAGGAGCACAAAAGAUAUGCCAUUGGGCGAUGCUCAAGCGAUUUGUGAAUAUUUGCAGAGGAUGAAAGGCAAGAAUCCAUCUUUCUUUUAUUCCAUUCAAGUGGAUGAAGACGACCAAAUCAGAAAUGUGUUCUGGUCGGAUAUUAAAUCAAUGAUGGAUUAUAACUACUUUGGUGAUGUACUAUAUGUUGACACAAGAUAUAGCACAGGUCAUUAUGGUAGGCCUUUGUUGCUUUUUAUUGGUGUUAAUCAUCAUAAGCAGCCAACCAUAUUUGGUACAGCAUUUAUUUACGAUGAAUCAGUCGAAUCCUUCAAGUGGUUGUUUGAAACUUUCAAAUCUGCCAUGAGCGGAAAGCAGCCAAAAACAGUUUUGACUGACCACUCUCCGACGAUAAGCGAUGCAGUUGCUUCUGCUUGGCCAGGAACUACCCACCGCUUUUCACUGUUGCAUUUAUAUCAAGAUGCUACCAAGAUAUUAAGGGAUACAUUCCAAGGCUCAGAAACUUUUGCCCAUGAUUUUAGUAGAUCUUUGUACAACUAUGAGGAGGAGGAGGACUUCUUGUCUAACUGGGAAAUCAUUACGGGUAAGUACAAUCUGAAGGAUAAUGAGUGGGUAAGUAAAUUCUUUGAGAAUAGAGAAAGAUGGGCCUUGCCAUUUGGGCGUGAUACAUUCUGCGCAGAUAUUGAAGCCACACUCCAAUGUGAUAACACAGAAGCCAUCCUGGCAGAUAUUCUUAAAGCAGAAAUAGAUCUCCCAUACUUCUUUAACAGUUACAAUAAGUUUUUGGAGGAUAAACGUCUAGCUGAACGACAAGCUGACUACCUUGGUGUUCAAAUGACUCAGAGGGUAGCUCCUCUGCGGUUACUUUGGCAGGCUGCUAAUACAUAUACUCCAGCACUGUUUGAGAUGUUCAGAUUAGAAUAUGAACUGAUCGUGGCCUGCAUGAUUUAUAGCUGCGGUGAGAUUGGAUCGAUAUCUGAGUAUGAGGUAACUGUCAAAAACAGGCCACGGGUUCAUCUUGUUAGAUUUGACUCAUCAGAAUAUAAGGUUAUUUGUAGCUGCAAGAAGUUUGAAUUUGUAGGUAUCCUGUGUUGCCAUAUAUUGAAAGUUCUCGAGAUCAGAAAUGUUAAAGAACUUCCACCACACUAUAUUUUGAAAAGAUGGCGAAAGGAUGCUCAGACUGAACCUCCAGGUUUUGCUGCUGUAGAUGAAGAUCCCAAGUUCUCAGUGUCUAAACGGUACAACUCCCUUUGUCGAACUUUAUAUAAAAUUGCAGCAAAGGCUGCAGAAAACACUGAAGCUCAUACAUUUAUGGAGAACCAAUAUGAUCAGCUCCUGGAGCAAGUUGAGCUUAUUUUGCAAGAAAAGUUGCAUGACAAAUCUUCUUUAAGCACUAUCAUGAAAAAUCAUCAGCAAAAUUUGAUUCAGAAUGAUGCCAGCAACAGUGAACCUCGCAGAGCAAGUGCUAAGAAAAGGAAAAAUGUAGAGAUGCGGCGCCGGCAGCAAAGUCCUCUUGAAUCAAGUAAGAAGCAAAAGGGCAGACAAGAUCUUCUGGAGCCUGAGGAGUGUGAAGUCCCACUUAGGAAUGAACCUUCCACAAUACCAAAUGACAUUCCGAAUCACCUGACAACUCCAACCAACCAGUUCCUUUCACCAAGCCAUAUAAUGCAGGUACCUUAUGUUACACAGCAGUUUGGUCUUAAUUCUCUUCAAGGAUUUCCUGGCAUAUCUCCUUUUGGGCAGAUGCAGGAACCAUCACAUGUUCAUCUUCAGCAACCUCAUCUACAACAAUCACACUUUCUUAGUGGUCCUCAAAUCCACCAGGCUCCCCCUCCAGACAUCCAGUCAUUGCAAUUUCUUAGCAGCAAUCCUCAACUGGGCCACCAGACGACGGAUAGCCAGUACACCAUCCCAGUGUGGGAUUUCUUGUGAUGUACAUUGUGAUGUAUGCCAGAAUGUAGAAACUGUAAAAUAUUGUAGUUGUAAAUUAUGCAACGAAAAUAUUUCUUGCCCAGCUUGUUUAUAUCAGUGAAAUGUGGGGGCAUGGGCAAAACUUGGGCCCAACCUGACAAGCUGACCCAAUUAACCUCGGUAUUUAUGACAUGUGGCCUAACAGUGAGCAGGUAAUUUAUGUACUCUCUCCGGUC